AUGGCUGCAAAGUAUUUGGAUUCAAAUGAUACAGAUAGGAUUUUUACUAUGGCAAAAUCAAUCAAUGGAUCUCCAAUUUGGAAAUUUAUUUGGGAAAGAAGGAAUAUCAUAACAAAGUAUUUAACUUGGAAAAUUGGUAAUGGUGGAAAGGCAAAAUUUUGGAGAGAUUCUUGGAAUGGAGACAUUUCCUUAGCUAAGGAAAUUGAUGAUCUGGUGUGGGUUAAUGAAGUGGAAGCAUUGGUUGCUCCUUUUGUGGCCGAUUACAUUUUGCAAGGGCAGAAGGAGGCUGAGUGGAUUGAGUGGAAAACUGUGGGUGAAUGGAAGAUGGAAAAUAGUAUUAAGUUGAAGGAUAUCUUGAGUAGAAAGAAAAAAAUUAGAUACCAAAAAGAAGUAGAUUGUUUAUUAUGGUGUGCGUCCAAAUCUAGAAAAUAUAAGGUUAACUUGGGAUACAAGAUUCUUAGAAGCAGAGCACAGAAUGUGGAUUGGCCUUCAGCAUUUUGCUGGCACAAAAUGGUACUGCCCAAGGCAGGGACAUUCCUUUGGAAACCAUUGCAUGGACGUAUACUAACAGGGGAAAGGUUGAAACUAAUUGGAAUUGUAGGUCUGAGUGUAUGUAUACUAUGUAAGGAAAAUGAAGAGACUGCGGAUCAUCUCUUAUUCUGUUUUUCAUACACAAAAAGAGUUUGGGAUUGGCUAUUGGAUAAAUUGUAG